GAUUAUAUUUAUAGUGAAAAAUAACAUAAAUUUUCAGUAACAAAAAUAGCUAUACUUACAACAAUUUCUACUAGUUAUAUUUCUAGUAUUAGGGCCACUAUUGGUUUUCUAUAUAGAAUUUAGGUAAUAUAAAUAUUCGAUUAUCAACCCAUUCUUCAUUUUUAUUGAUUGUUAUCGAGCUCAAGUACAAUAGAGGCCCCGUUUGAAUUUCACUUUUCCGUAGAACAAAACAGAAGUACACCAUUGUGGGGGUAACGAAGGAUAAUACACGACAGAUAUCAUUCACUGUAGAAGAUCCUGAGGGCCAAAAUCAACCAAGGCAAGUCAGGAUUGUAGACCAUUUCAGGGAGAGAUAUGACAAGCAUAUUAUGUACCAAGAUAUUCCCUGCUUGGAUUUCAAAGGAAACAAGAAAAACUAUGUACCAAUGGAGUUUUGCAUCUUAGUUGAGGGGCAAGUGUAUCCGAAGGAGCAGUUGGGGCAAUUGGAUAGAGAUGCAGGCCUGAUGUUAAAGAACAUUUCACUAGCAAAACCGAAGUUUAGGGAGAGUCAGAUAUGCAGCAUGGUACGCUCAGAAGAUGGACCUUGUGGUGGAGGCUUGGCUCAAAAUUUUGGAAUAGCAGUAAACACAAACACGACAACAGUUACAGGACGUGUUAUUGGGCCACCUGAGUUGAAGGUAGGUGCUUCGAAUGGCAAAGUGAUUAAGAUAGUAGUUGACAAAGAGAAAUGCCAAUGGAACCUUGUUGGAAAAGCAGUGGUGCAAGGCAAAAGAAUUGACCGGUGGGGUGUUAUUGACUUCAGCUCCUCUGAUAGAAACCCUAGAAACAGACUAAAUCCUGAUAAUUUCAUUCCAAGGCUUAUUAAUUGGUGCAAAAAUUUGGGGAUCCACAUGGAAGAGCCUCUCAUAUAUAAGUGCACUACAGUGGAUAAAUUCUCUAGGGCCGAGAUUUUGCGUGAACUACUUGAAAGAAAUAAUGAGGAGGCUUAUAAGCCAAGUAGAGGCCAUUUGCAAAUUCUUCUUUCUGUGAUGUCUUAUAGAGAUAAUGGCUACAAAUAUCUCAAGUGGAUCUCUGAGACCCAAGUUGGCCUAGUGACACACUGUUGUCUAUCCACCUCUGCCAACAAAGCGAAUGACCAGUAUCUUGCAAAUCUUGCUAUCAAGAUAAAUGCCAAGCUUGGAGGCAGCAAUGUAGAGCUUAAUGACUCACUCCCCCUCUUUGAGGGCAGAGGUCAUGUUAUGUUCUUGGGGGCUGAUGUCAAUCAUCCUAGUCCUCGAAACAUUACAAGUCCAUCCAUAGCAGCUGUUGUUGCAACAAUGAACUGGCCUGCUGCAAAUCGCUAUGCAGCACGUGUCCGCCCACAAGCCCAUCGGAAGGAGACGAUUUUAAAUUUUGGGGACAUGUGUUUGGAACUUGUUGAAUCAUAUGCUCGAUUAAAUAAUGUCAGGUCGGAUAAGAUUGUUGUCUUUCGUGAUGGAGUAAGUGAGAGCCAAUUUGAUAUGGUUCUCAAUGAGGAGUUAAUUGAUUUGAAGAUGGCACUCCAAACUAUGAAGCACUCUCCCACCAUCACAAUUAUCGUAUCCCAAAAGCAUCACCAAACUCGUCUCUUUCCAGAAGCGAAGGAUGGAGGUCCUACGGGCAAUGUGUCUCCAGGCACAGUUGUGGACUCAAAAAUAGUUCAUCCAUUUGAGUUUGAUUUCUAUCUUUGUAGCCACUAUGGAAGCCUUGGGACGAGUAAGCCCACACAUUACCAUGUCUUUUGGGACGAGCAUGGGUUCACUUCUGACCAAUUGCAGAAGCUCAUAUACAACAUGUGCUUCACUUUUGCUCGAUGCACCAAACCCGUAUCACUAGUUCCACCAGUGUACUAUGCUGACCUUGUUGCUUAUAGGGGGCGAUUCUACCAUGACGCAUUGAUGGAGGGGCAAUUUGCAGGUUCAGCAGCAUCAUCAUCUCGGAUGUCAGCUGAAUCACUUGAUCCUAAUUUCUUCUAGUUGCACACUGUCCUGGAAGACAACAUGUUUUUUGUCUGAAGGCCCCUCCUUGCCUACGGGAACUGUUAAGGGAGUUUGUGUGUGAAUCUAAUGGAUUGUUAGUCGCAGUAUGUCAUGUCUUGGGCUUCCUUUAAAGAACCAGGUUCUAUGUUUGUUACACAUUCCUUUCCUAUGUGAACUACAAACGGAGUUCGUGUGUCAAUCUAUUUGAUUAUAAGUCUUGAGUCUGUAUUUCUUCUAAAGAAUCAGGAUUUGUGCAGUCCAUGUGAUUUAGAGGAAUGAUUUGCUUAUGUUUGAGUCUUUAUCUGCCAUCUCUGUGUUCUCUCUUAGUGUCAUGGUUUAUUCUGGGAGACUGUUGUUUUGGUUUGUAUGAGGCAGACUUUGAGUGAAUCUAUUUGAAUUUUAUUUGGUUUUUAAA